CCUUCUAUCCUUCUUUGUUUUGCUCUCUUGGUUUCAAUGGCGGCAAGCUCGGCCAUGGCGGCUUCUCUCGUUUCAUCAUCAAUCCCUUCGAAGACGAGCUUCAGCGUGGUCUCCUCUCCCUUCUCCUUUCUACCUGUAUCUCCAUCUAGGUUUUCCUUUCUCUCCUUGCAUUCUCGGAGGAGAUCCAUCGGCGUUACCACGGUGGCUUGCCUCCCUUCCACUCCCAAGAUCUCCAUCACUCCCCGCACCAGGCUCUUCGUCAGUGGUCUAUCAUUUCGCACCACAGAGGACAGUUUAAGAAAUGCUUUCCAACCUUAUGGUCAGCUUGUGGAAGUCAACCUUGUUAUGGAUAGAAUAGCAAAUAGACCACGAGGGUUUGCUUUUCUUCGUUAUGCAACUGAGGAAGAAUCCAAGAAGGCCAUUGAUGGGAUGCACGGAAAGUUUUUGGAUGGCAGGGUCAUAUUUGUUGAAGUUGCAAGACCAAGAUCAGAGUUGCACCCUGAUUCAAAGCGAAAUCCAAAGCAACAUUGAUGAGGCACAAUUAAUCCCCUUUAUUAAGGAAUACUUUAACACCAAACAUAUAUUUUUAUUUCCAUGUUGUUGUGCGUAAACUUUCUAGUCCAUCUUUUUAAUUAUAAGCAUAGAGUCAUAUCUAGCAGAGAUUUCCAUUAGCAUAUAGACUCUUGUUAUUAAGUGGUAGAAUUGGGUUGUACUCUUUCCCUGUCUUUUUAUUUGUUGUGAUUAAUCGAAUCUCGUGUAUUUAGUUAUUUUAUAAAAUUU